AACAGACUUACAACACCUCAAGAGAGACAGAGCGAUUGAGCAGCAAAACAACAACACAAAAGCCUGCUGUGAAAAUGUUGAGCCUGCAUGGAUUCCAGCCUUCCUUCAGACCAUUCAUGCCAAUUGACUGUCCAGUGCACAGUCUGUGGCCACAGAUCUCACCUCUUUACAGACACACAGACAUACUGCAGGAGGUGAGGAGCAGCCUGGAGCAGCUGGAGAAACUUCAGCACAAGAUCUUUGAGGAGAUCCAGCAGACUCCACACUCGUCGGAGAUCUACCCAGUCACCAGCACGAUGGAGAAAGAGGGAGAAAGUGGCUUUGCGUUGACACUGGACACUAAAGACUUUUCUCCAGAAGAACUGUCAGUCAAACAGGUGGGCAGGAAGCUGCAGGUCAGUGGAAAGACAGAAAAGAAGCAGGAGGAUGGGAAAGGCUCCUUCUCUCACACAGUGCAAGAGUUCAGACGGGUGUUUGAUCUGCCUGAAGGAGUGAACCCUGAGACUGUCACCUGCUCCAUGACUGAUGGAAAGCUCUACAUACGGGCACCAGUGAAUCAGAUAUCUGAAGCACCUGAGAGGAUGGUCCCCAUUGACUGUGCUGAAGCUGUGAAGACAGAAAACAACAGCACUGAAAUACACAAGACUGAUCAGCAAUCCUGAAAGCACUGAACAGAAGCCGUGAUGAUCUCUAAUGGACUGUGUGCUGCUAUUAUAUUCAAUAUAUGUGAUUAUCUUUAGUUUUAUAUCAAUCUUCUUUCAUUGUUGUUUUGUUGUCCUUUAGAAAUGCUUAAAAAGUUUAAUGCUUAAAAUAAAAAAUGUCAUUUUUUAUACAAAUGUUUGGAAAUAUCCACAUGGCAGUUUGAGCAGUCAGAAAUACACAAUCAGACUCUUUGUCAAGUUGACCAAGCCUAAAUUUCUUUGAGUUUUUCAUAGAUGCUUUUAUAAAUGCUUUAUUAACAUUAAAAAUAAAAAGGUUUAGUCAAUAAUGAUGAAUGCUGUUGUACAUAUGCAUGAAACUUUAUAGUUUUGGUACAGUUCAUAAUGAUUUGAGAAAACAAACAAAUAAGUA